AUGAUUAUAUCCUGUUCAUGCAUUGAUAAUAAUAAUGUUGAAUUUCAAAAUAUAAUGGAGAUGCAACGAAUUGAUUUAUUGAAUGAAUUUUCUAGGAUAAUUGCAGUGCUUACUGAACGUGCCGAUGUAAUUUGGCCUAAUAAUUGUUAUUGUAAACCUCAGGUUUAUUCAACAUUAGUUAAUUUAACAGCUUAUACAGAUUGUUUACCGGAUUAUUUUUGUUUAAUUGCAAAUUUAUCACGUUGGCUUCAAUAUUCAAAUCGUAUAAAAGUAAUCAAGCAUGACAAUGAUCAGUCAACUUAUUCAUGCAGUCGUAAUUAUACUACUACUAAUACUGACAAUAGUAGUAAUAAUAAUUAUAACAAAAAUAGUAAUAAUAUUAGUAAUAAUAAUUUCACAAUAACACCUGAACUCAUUGAAGAAUUGUAUGAUUUAGAAUCUGGACUAGGAACUCCAUCGAGUUCAAAUACUUUCUAA